AACGUGGCAGGAACGUCAGAGCAGUCCGGCACCACACACUCCUACUCAGAGGAGGAGAAGGUGGCGUUCGUGAACUGGAUCAAUAAAGCUCUGGAGAAAGAUGUCGACUGUAAACACGUCCUGCCGAUGGAUCCCAACAACAACGACCUGUUCACUGGGAUGGGAGACGGAAUCGUUCUCUGUAAGAUGAUCAACCUCUCUGUCCCCGACACCAUCGAUGAGAGAACCAUCAACAAGAAGAAGCUCACACCCUUCACCAUCCAGGAGAACCUGAACCUGGCUCUGAACUCGGCCUCGGCCAUCGGCUGCCACGUGGUCAACAUAGGAGCUGAGGACCUGAAGGAGGGCAGGCAGCACCUGGUCCUGGGUCUGCUGUGGCAGGUCAUCAAGAUCGGGCUGUUCGCCGACAUCGAGCUCAGCAGGAACGAAGCUCUGAUCGCCCUCCUGCGGGAUGGAGAGAGUCUGGAGGAUCUGAUGAAACUGUCACCUGAAGAGCUGCUGCUGCGUUGGGCCAAUUAUCACCUGGAGGAGGCCGGCUGCAGCAAGAUCAACAACUUCAGCUCUGACAUCAAGGACUCGAGGGCGUACUACAACCUUCUGAACCAGGUGGCGCCCAAAGGAGACGAGGAGGGGACCCCCCCCAUCGCCAUCGACCUGUCAGGGCUCAGGGAGAAAGACGACCUGAAGCGAGCAGAGUGCAUGCUGGACCAGGCCGACCGCCUCGGCUGCCGACAGUUCGUCAUGCCGCCGGAUGUCGUCAGAGGAAACCCCAAACUAAACUUGGCUUUUGUUGCUAAUCUGUUCAACAAGUACCCGGCUCUGAAGAAACCAGAGAACCAGGACAUCGACUGGAGCUCCAUCGAAGGUGAGACGAGGGAGGAGCGAACCUUCAGGAACUGGAUGAACUCGCUGGGCGUCAACCCUCGUGUCAACCACUUAUACGUAGAUCUUGACGACGCGCUCGUGAUCUUCCAGUUGUACGAGAAGAUCAAGGUUCCGGUCGAUUGGGACAGAGUCAACAAGCCUCCGUAUCAGAAGCUGGGCAGCAACAUGAAGAAGCUGGAGAACUGUAACUACGCCGUGGAGCUCGGUAAGAAAGAGGCCAAAUUCUCUCUGGUUGGAAUCGCGGGUCAGGACCUGAAUGCAGGGAAUCGAACCCUCACCCUCGCUCUGCUGUGGCAGCUGAUGAGAAGGUAACAGCACCUCUCUGCUGCCCCCUGCUGCCCUGUCACUCAUCUGGUGCCACCUUCGACCAAAAUCAAAAUGACGAAGAAUC